AGUAAAGAAGCAGAAAAGAAAAAUGCAACACCUGAAAUCAAACCAGCAGAAUUGCCCACAGGAAGAAGAAGACAGAGACUUUGGAAUCAUGGAUCCUCGCGUGACGUUUAUAAAAUGCGAGGAAAACUCAUGGGUUGGUCGUUUGAAUCCUGGAAAUGGCGGCGACGAGGACGAUGAUGAGAUACGGAGGACGAAGGUGGUUCACGUCGUGCUCAAGCAGAGCCCUCCGAUGGUGGGACCAUGUGGGCCCCGCUUCCAAGGACCCCAUAACCGGCGCCAUUGAGGCUUUCCUCGCCGACCCUUCUCCGGCCAAGAUCAAUCUCGGCGUGGGAGCUUACAGAGAUGAUGAAGGGAAACCGGUUGUGCUUCAAUGCGUACGCGAGGCAGAGGCAAAAGUUGCCGGUAGCGACUACUUGGAAUCGGUUUCUAGUUGCUUAGGCUCAAAAAUGGUGGAGGAGAGUGUGAAAUUGGUAUAUGGAGAAGAUUCAUUUGUCUUUAGAGAACAGAGAUUUGCUGGAAUUCAAGCUCUCUCUGGGACUGGAGCUUGUCGGCUCUUUGCUGAGUUGCAGAGGCGUUUCUAUCCUGACUCAGAGAUUUAUUUGCCCGAUUUGACUUGGUCGAAUCACCACAAUAUUUGGAGAGAUGCGGGAGUCUCACGGAGAACCUUCCGCUACUAUGAUCCUGAAACAAAAGGCUUGAACUUUUCAGCGCUGUUAGAUGAUAUUAAGAAUGCACCGAGUGGUUCAUUUUUCUUGCUUCAUCCUUGUGCUCACAACCCGACGGGCGUUGACCCAACCGAGGAGCAAUGGAGAGAGAUCUCCUCUAUGUUCAAGGUAAAGAGACAUUUCCCUUUCUUUGACAUGGCUUAUCAAGGCUUUGCCAGUGGUUGUCUGGUUAAAGAUGCUCUGUCUGUACGAAUCUUCCUAGAAGAUGGACACUUGAUCGGUUGCGCCCAGUCCUUUGCAAAAAACAUGGGGUUGUAUGGGCACCGAGUUGGCUGUCUUAGUGUCCUCGCCAAUAACACAGUUCAGGCAAGCAUGAUGAGGUCCCAGUUGCAGCAGAUUGCGAGGUCAAUGUAUGGAAGCCCCCCAAUGCAUGGACUGUUGCUCGUCUCUACGAUUUUGACCAAUCUCGAAAUCAAAGCCCUUUGGGAAAGAGAAUUGAAGGUCAUGACUAAACGGGUUCAGACAAUGCGAACUGCCCUGCGCGAAGAGCUUGAGAAACUUGGUUCUUCUCUCAACUGGCAACACGUAACAAACCAGGUUGGGAUGUUUUGCUUUUCUGGCCUGGCCCCGAACGAAGUGGAACGGUUAAGGAAGGAAUUCCACAUAUACAUGACCAUUGAUGGCCGCUUAAGCAUGGCGGGUGUUACUCCGAGCAACACGACUUACAUAGCAAAUGCAAUUCAUCAAGUCACCCGAGAGAGAGCGAGGAUGUAGACGAGGAUUGAUCUUGGCCUCUGGAACUGAGAUGAAUCACUGGAGCAGAGAGUGUAAGCAUCAUCAAUGGCUUCCAUGGCAGCUACUGAUCCUGAAGCACGACCCGGUGGUCUCAAAAGACGAAUCGAGGGCAGAAUCCCAUGGCCUCUGUUGCUCGAGAAACGCUGGCGAAUCAGAGGACGACAGUACAGAGAGUGAAAAACUCAGUGAAACGGCUUUCUUGAUGCGUUUCAGGCUGAUUCUCACGAUGAAUGCGUUGAAAAGAUCCGAUCUCGGGCAUUUUCCUGAGCUCAUUCUUACGAGGAAUGCGUUGAAAAGAUUCAAUCUUGGGGAUUUUCCCGAGGUUUUGAGGUGCUGAUUGAGCGAGUAGGAAGGAGGAGUGAGAGGAGUGACAGAGAGCGUUUCUGGGCAUUCCAGGACGUAAUUCCCAAGUAAAGGGCACGGAAACUGAGUUUUGAAAUGGCGAUUCGGCGGCGGUGCGCUCUUCGGAGAUUUGGAGUUUAAAAACUCGAAAAGCCGAUGACUGUCAAAAUCUCGAUUAAUAUUCUCUUUUUUUUUCCCCUUACAAAUGAAUACUUUCAUUAAAAUGGUGAAUUCACACAUUAUUUUAAUGUGA